AAUAGACUAAUUCUCGUCUCACUCAGCUUGCCAAUUUUUUCUACUAUGUCUACAUUCGACACAAAUCACGGCGUCACCGCUUUGCCGCGUCAUUUAAAUUCUUCCCCUCCAAGUUUCAGUUUCUUAUAUAAAUCCUUCACGAAUACAUUUCUCGAUUUUUCACAAUUCAAAUUUGCACUUGAGAGUUUUUCCAUUAUCUUUGCCAUAGUGAUGAGUUCUAAUUCGGCUUCCAAAUCGAAACGGAGUUUGAAAUCGACGUCUGCAAACCCUUCUUCAUCCGAUGGCAAGAGGAAAAAAACCGCUCAGAAAACCCUCGGGAUGGCUUGGGGAGCGAAUUCUCGUUCCGGCUUCCGAAAGUCGCCAUUCACCGACGUUGGCAGUUACAUGGCUGUGAAGAAUCAGAAAUUACACGAGCAGUUUGCUGCGGCUGCUUCAAGCUCUUCGUGCAGUGGGUCCAGUUCGGGGAAUAUAUUUUCUGGGGUCUCAAUUUUUGUUGAUGGAUAUACUGUUCCCUCAAGUCAGGAGCUCCGAGGAUAUAUGUUGAAGUAUGGAGGUCGCUUUGAAAAUUAUUUUUCAAGGCAUCGGGUCACACAUAUAAUUUGCAGCAAUCUCCCUGACAGUAAAAUCAAGAAUUUGAGGGCUUUCAGCGGUGGGCUUCCAAUUGUUAAACCUGCAUGGCUGCUGGAAUCUGUUGCUGCUAAUAAACUUCUUAGUUGGACUCCUUAUCAACUUGAUCAACUUGCUGCUGAAAAUUGUAACCAAGCAAAGUUGUCUGCCUUCUUCACUCUCCAAUGCAACGAAACACCAAAGAUUGCAAAUAUUUCUGUUGAUGAUUGUGACAAUCAAUUAUUUAUUAAGAAGGAUGAAGGUUGUGCCUCUUUAGAACAAGCAGAAAGCUGCAAUGAAGAAGAGAUUGACCUUGUGCAACUUAAGACUGAUAGGGUGAUGUCUGAAGGGCCAUCAUGUAGUGUAGAAAGUUCAUGUGAAGUAAAAGGUCUUGAACAGAGCGAUUGUUCACCUUCAGAUAUGAAAAUUUCUGAUUUAGAGUACAAGUCUAGUCCAUGCAAGGCUUCUGUUUCUCAUUGCAGCAAUAGCCUUGAUAAUUUUAACUCUUGUGAAGCUUCAUGUUCAAGAAACUGUUUGCCCACUAAUCAACUCCACUCAACACUCUCAGAUCCCAAUUUUGUGGAAAAUUAUUUUAAGAGUUCCAGGCUGCAUUUUAUUGGUACUUGGAGACACCGAUAUCGUAAGAAAUUUCCUAGCUUGUCUAAUGGGAUUACAUUUGGAGUUUCUAAUCUCUACAAUGCGGGUUCCAGUCUGAAAACUGGUGUAGCGAAUGAGCAGAAAGUUGUGAUACACAUCGACAUGGACUGCUUCUUUGUUUCAGUAGUCAUCAGGAACCAUCCUGAAUUACAGGGGAAACCUGUUGCCGUCUGUCAUUCAGAUAAUCCCCGUGGCACAGCUGAAAUUUCAUCAGCCAAUUAUCCCGCCCGAGAAUAUGGAGUGAGGGCAGGAAUGUUUGUCAAAGAUGCUAAGAUUAGGUGCCCUCAGCUUGCAAUUGUUGCAUAUGACUUCAGAGCUUAUGAGAUGGUUGCAGAUCAGUUUUAUGACAUUCUUCACAAUCACUGCAACAAAGUGCAGGCUGUGAGCUGUGACGAAGCAUUCUUAGAUGUAUCUGACUCAAAAGUGGGGGACUAUGAGAUUUUAGCCUCGAUAAUCAGAAAGGAGAUUCUUGACACCACAGGAUGCACUGCUAGUGCAGGAAUUGCAGAAAAUAUGCUUAUGGCUCGCCUUGCCACAAGAACUGCAAAACCUGACGGGCAGUUCCAUAUUCCUCCUGGAAAGGUGGAUGAUUAUUUAUUCACACUUCCAGUUAAGGAACUUCCUGGUAUUGGACAUGUUUUGGAAGAAAAACUGAAGAAAAAACAAAUUAGAACAUGUGGCCAAUUGCGUCCAAUUGCCAAGGAGUCCCUUCAAAAGGAUUUUGGAAUGAAAACUGGAGAAAUGCUGUGGAACUAUAGUAGGGGAAUAGACAGCCGACUGGUUGGAUUGAUUCAGCAGGAAAGCAAGUCUGUUGGUGCAGACGUAAACUGGGGUGUCAGAUUCAAUAAUGCAAACGAUGUUCAGCAUUUUCUUACAAGUCUAUGCAAGGAGGUAGCACUUCGAUUGCAGGGAUGCGGAGUGCAAGGACGAACUUUUACACUCAAGAUAAAGAAGAAGAAAAGUGAUGCAGGAGAGCCAGUAAAGUACAUGGGCCAUGGGGACUGCGAGAAUCUGAGCCAUGCGAUAACGAUCCCAAUGGCCACAGAUGAUGUCGGUGUCCUUCAGAGGUUGGCAACUCAGCUUUUUGGGCAUUUCCACAUAGAUGUUGGAGAUAUUCGAGGUGUGGGUUUACAGGUCUCAAAACUUGAAGGAGCCGGUGAUAGCAAACGUGGUAACAAACGAAAUUCCAUUCUUUCCUGGGUUUCCUCUACAUCAGCAAAGGAGCAGAACCAGAACCCAAUAAGUGAUCUUCCAAAAUGUGGUGAGUCAGAUGCUUGGAGGACAACCGAUGGUGUGUUGCGUCAGCCAGGCUCCAGCAUGAAAGGAUCCUCUAUUGAAAUGCAAGCUGGCUUGUCCAGCUCUGAAACUGGCAUUCACAAUUCCACAGGCAUUCCUCCUCUUCAAGAUUUAGAUGUGGCUGUUAUAGAGUCUUUACCCCCUGAAGUGGUUUCGGAAAUUAAUGAAAUGUAUGGAGGAAAGUUAUUAGGUUUCAUUUCUGCAAGUAAAAACAAAAUUAUCGAUACAAACAUCAAUGAUGCCUCAACAAAAAGUUGCGAAGGUGUAGCAGUUGAGGAUAUGGGAUCUGUCUCAGAGGCACAUCUUUUGGAAUCAAAUAUCGUUGCUACUGAUAAGAUUUUAAGAGACAUAGUAAUGGGUGUUUCUAAGGUAAUGGGAUGUGACAAGGAAGAAGUUCCUGAUUUUGCUGCACCUGCUACUUUCUCUCGGAAAGAUAUCAUGCCCUCAUCUCUAAGUCAAGUAGAUUCCUCAGUGUUACAAGAAUUGCCUGAGGAAUUUAGAAAAGAUAUUAUUGAGCAUCUUGGCCAUCACCAACGAGCAGAAUUUGUCAAAGGAGCCAUCAAUGAUGUGUCUGAUAAACAGACUAAAGUUGAAGCCUCUGACUUAAGUGGCCUUUGGGUCGGAAAUCCUCCGAAAUGGGUUAAGAAGUUCCAAAUAAGCAACUGUGGCUUGUUAACUAUUUUUGCUGAAAUUUAUCUGUCUGGAUCUGGUGGCUGUCUGUCUUCUCUACUGCAGUGUUUGAUGUCUAGGAUAUUUGUACUUACUGGAGUCGGCACUGACGGAUUUGGUAAUGCCGUUGGUUGGCUGCAUGAGCUUUUCAAGCAAUAUAUAGAUCUCAAAAUUACAACAGAUGUUGAGGAGAUCUAUGUAUGUAUAUGCCUAUUGAGAAGGUUGACUGGGAGGUUUGAGUUUCUCUUACAAGUCUACAAUUCUAUAAUACCUCACUUGCAGAGCAUACGCCUACUCGAAGAUGGAGAGCGAAGAUGUGGAGGAAGUGAAGCAUCGGCGUGCGCAGUUCUUGAUCUACAAGUCCCUGCAGAAGGCGGAGGGGCGGAGGCAGCCGUCAUGGUUGCGUGUGAAGAUGUUCAAGUUGAAGAUCAAGAUUGGGAAGCGGUUGAAGAAGCACAAAUCCCUACAAAAGUCACGCCUCUUUCCUCACACACACUCAAAUCAAUUGAGCGUAAACAACACCUUCAAUCAGAUCUCCACACACGCACACAAACAAUCCGCCGCAGAAAUGGUUGUGCCACUAGGUCCGGGGAAGUUCUACGGCAGCAGCCUGCCGCGCCCUCCUUCUACACCGACGUCAAGCUCAACUCCGAGAGGGUCGAUCCACCGCCCCCCGUCACCGAUCCGCUCAUCCGCUCAUGUCGUGGGCGCAAGAGGCCUACUGGUCCAUGGGCGGCCUCAACGUCAAGCGCCAUCCGGUGAGGAAAUUGGGGGAUGAUUUCGAGAGAGUGACGAGGGAGAGUGGGAUGGCGAGCAGCUCCGACGGGGAAAUUGGGGGCGGCGCUGCGGCGAGGACGAGGAGUAAGGCGAAUUUUAGUGGUGGUGGAGAGGGGAAAAGGGGGAGAAGAGGAAAUUGGUUAAGGGAGUGAGGAAGAUUGGGGGUGCUGUGGUGGCUGCCACCGCCGGAAUCAGAAGCUCGCCGCGGUUGUCGAAGAUGCGUUGAUUGGGUUUGAAGCGAAGGUGUUUGAUGAUUUGUCUCGGUGGGAUUAGGAUUGCCUUUCUGCUCAAAUCUUGCAAGCAUUUGUUACAUGCUAAACAAGAUCCAGUCGCCGGGAAUCUUCACCCAAUUUUCUGAAACUUUUUUUUUUAUAAUUUACUUUUGUUUAAUUUUUUCCAUUUUUUAUCGUAUGAAAAUUGAAAUUUUUAAAAUAAUACUAAUGUAUAGAAAUAUGAAAAUUGAAAUUUGUGACAGA